AUGGCGCCCACGGUCACUGCCGCGGCGCCACCCGUUAAUCCCCCCUCCGCCACGAAGGUCAAGCGGCCCAUACCUCCAGGCAUUCAGACCAACGGCGUCGCCCCGUCUCGUUCGUCGCCAUCCCCGUCCAUGGCUGCGAAGCGCGCCCCGUCGGCCGUUCGCCAGCCCUCGAAUCCCCCGUCUGCCGGCGGCACGACGCCCGGUGCGACCCGUCCGACGAUUAGAAUCCGCCGGGAUCCGGGCCCCGGGCCACCUCUCGGCAGAGGGCAGAGGAGUGCCGGGUUACGGUCGGCCAGCAUCGCGACGGACCCCGUCACCUCGCCUACUUUUGACGCCCCGCCAUAUGUCAUCACCCCCGAAUACAUCCUCAAGAAGUUCGCGGGCCAUCCCCCGUCGCUCAUCGUCCAUCUCUACCAGAACCACUUUCGUUUCGACCAGCAGGAGGGCAUGUUCCAAUACAAGUCGCCCAUGCGCAUAUUUAUCGAGCACUUGAGGAACCGGACCGUCCCCCACGAAAUCAUGGAGUACCUCAUACAAGGCGGUGUUCCAUUCUAUGAAGGGUGUUUGAUCGUCCAGGUCUUCGACCACAGGACUGUCAACCAGACUAAGGAAGCUGCAAAGCCGUCGUCCGAGUCGAGUAAAACCGUGCCUUUCUCCAUCCACAACCACAAUCCCUACAUUACCCCCUCGCCCUAUGUUCCUUACCCCAAGGAGGAUACACCGGCCGACGGCUCUCAGACCCCUGCAUCCGAAAAGCCCUCGGAGGACAAGGACAAGGAGAACAUGCCGGCACCGCCUGUUCCUGCGGACGGUCAGAAGGCCAAGGGCGAACCAGCCAAGCCAACGGUCUACACUGUCGUCCUGAUGCCGACGGCCCAAGCUCUACAUACGGACCUCCUGCUCAAGACUGUCACGCCGCGUGGAGCAUCUGACAGCGGCGGACCUCCGCCGACUCCUCACACUGCCGGACCCCCUCCAACGCCGACGGCUGCGGGGAUGCCGCCCCCGGCCAAGAAGCAAAAGCGAGACCACAUGGAGCUCGAUCCCAAGAAUAUCUACGAGGUCGAGGCCAAGAUUCUUCUGGCGACUUACCCUAAGCUAGACCUCGAGCCAACCAAGAACGCCGAAGAGACGAUCGCUAAGCUGGAGAAGCUUGCACAUCCCGAACACUCACACAAGCCACCAGAGCCCAAGGUCCGCAAAAGGACAGUCGCCGAGGUGGCCCACGACGAGGCCCUCGCUGCCGAGCAGGAACGCUACAUGCUCACGCUCGACGAACGUCUGUCGUCCAAGCUGGCCGGUGCCCAGGCCGGCGCGAACGGUGCCGACGGCGAUGGCCAGGCGCCCUCCGCCUCCUGGGAGCCCCGGUUCGAGCGGUUCAAGCUCAUCGAGAAUAUCAAGCAAGAGCAUGCCGAGAAGAAGGAACAGGAGAGGAUCAAGCAGGCUGAGCAGGAGCGCAAGUUGCUGCAGCAGAAGCAGGAAGCUGCCAUUCUUCAAGCCCGACAACAACAGGCGGAAAUGGAGCGCAAGCGCCAGGAACAGAUUGUUCUCCAGCAGCGGCAGGAGGCUCAACGGCGUUUGCAGCAGGCUCAAGCUGCUCCAGUCGCGCAGGCUCAAGCACAAGCACAAGCACAAGCGCAGGCCCAGGCCCAGGCCCAGGCCCAGGCUCAGGCUCGGGCUCAGGCUCGGGCUCAGGCUCAGGCUCAGGCUCAGGCUCAGGCUCAGGCUCAGGCCCAGGCCCAGGCCCAGGCCCAGGCCCAGGCCCAGGCUCAGGCUCAGGCUCAAGCGCAAGCACAAGCGCAAGCUCAAGCCCAGGCACAAGCACAAGCACAAGCACAAGCUCAAGCUCAAGCUCAAGCUCAAGCACAGGCCCAGGCCCAAGCCCAAGCACAGGCUCAAGCUCAGGCAGCGCAAGCUCAAGCCCAGGCACAGGCACAGGCACAAGCACAAGCACAAGCGCAGGCGCAGGCGCAAGCUCAGGCCCAAGCACAACAGGCGGCAACCGCGGCUACCAUGGGCCAGACGCCGCAUGCCCAUCCGAUGCAGCCGAGUCCUCUGCCUGCGGGCAUGACAGCUGGUAUGCCGGUCAGCAUGGCCCAGCAGGCCCAGGCGCGCUUCUCGCAGGUCUCGCAGCCCCAGCAAAUGUCGUCCCCUAUCGUCCAGCAGGGUACUCCCCAGGCGGCUUCUUCGCCGAUGCCGCCGAUGGCUGCCGUGGCCAUGCAGCACUCGAACUCCAACAUGGGACAGGCGGGGAGCCCACCGCGGCCGCCGUCGGUGGUUCAGAACCACCCCAUGGGAGUUCCCAUGGCGCCGUCUAUGUCUGCCCGCGGCAGCCAGCAGAGCCAUGCUGCUGGAACGCCUCGGGUCCCUUCCGCCACGCCCAACAUUCCCCACGCGACCCCGAUUACCCGGCCCCAGGUUGUGCCGACUCCGCGCAUGACGCAGGCCAGCCCGCCGGCCGGUGUCAUGACGCCCACGCCGCAACAGAUGGGACAGGCCA